CCUUUACAGGAAUAUUUUCAAUUUCUUUAUCAUCAGAGUCAAAUAAACAUAACAUUUCACAUUUAGAAACAUUCAGUUUUAAUCCUGAUGCAAUAGAAAAUGCAGUUAUAGCUCAACCAACCACAUUAUGUUAACGUCCAAAAGCGGCCGUCGCGUCACAGGCUCUCUUCUCACUUCCCCUGAAAACCGGAACAUCCGGUUGUUGGGGUUUCGGCAGAGGCAAGCCUUUCCCAAACACUGCGUGGACCUGUCCGCUCUGGGGACUGAGGGAGGCGGGGCGUGGAAACGGUGUACGACCGGUAAACAUCUGGGAUGGGAAUGUAAAAAACUACCAACGGUACGCGAACACGAAACCGCCUUAGACGGAGUGCCAUCGGGGCAUAAAGUAAAGACUGUCCAUCGAGAUUCCAAUGGAAGCGGAUGGUUUCCCGAGAAGGCAUCGGAUGACAGCGGAGACAGCAGGCGGGAACGCCGGGGUUGCUGGAGCCUCAGCCGGCGCAGAGGUCCGAUGGUUCAGUGGAAGGAUCUGGGGAGUGUCGGAGAGCCUCGUUGGGAAUUUGUCUCCCCGGAUCGGAGGCGAUGCAGAGAUCCAGACUGUUCAGUUUAGCGGUGGCCCUCCUGAAAUAGCAGAUGCUUCGGAACCGGAGUAUGAGGGUUUGCCGCAAGGCGCUUCCACCAGCACCCACAUGUUUGCAGGAGCAGUGGCUGGGAUCAUGGAGCAUUGCCUGAUGUUCCCCAUCGACUGUGUCAAGACGCGAAUGCAGAGCCUACAGCCUGAGCCUGCCGCCCGCUACCGGAAUGUGAUGGACGCGCUUCGGCGAAUCAUAACCACAGAGGGUGUCUGGCGACCAAUGAGAGGGCUGAAUGCCACGGCCGUGGGGGCAGGACCGGCACAUGCUCUCUACUUUGCCUGCUAUGAGAAACUGAAGAAGAGUCUGGGUGACAUCAUCCAUCCUGGUGCUAACAGCCACCUGGCCAACGGUACGGCAGGGUGUGUAGCCACAUUGCUUCAUGACGCAGCCAUGAACCCAUCUGAAGUGGUGAAGCAGCGAUUGCAGAUGUAUAACUCUCCAUACCGCGGCGUGAUGGACUGUGUGCGUGCCGUGUGGCAGAGCGAGGGCCCUGGGGCCUUUUACCGCUCCUACACCACCCAGCUCACCAUGAACGUCCCCUUCCAGGCUCUCCACUUCAUGACCUACGAGUACCUCCAGGAGCUGCUCAACCCCCACAGACAGUACAACCCCUCCUCACACAUGGUGUCUGGAGCCCUGGCCGGGGCCAUCGCUGCUGCAGCCACCACCCCUCUGGAUGUCUGCAAGACCCUGCUCAACACCCAGGAGUCCCUGGUGGGGCUCCCCGCUGCAGGCCAGGGUGGAGGUCAGGGGACACACAGACACAUCACGGGCCUGGCCCAUGCCUUCCGGACAGUGUACAGGCUGGGUGGCCUGCCUGGGUUCUUUAAAGGAGUCCAGGCCAGGGUGAUCUAUCAGAUGCCCUCCACAGCCAUCAGCUGGUCCGUCUAUGAGUUCUUCAAGUACGGAAUCACCAAGCACCAGCACGAGAAGAGGGUCGCGCUGCAGCGGGAGGAAAAAUAAAUCAUGUCCUAUUUUCUUUCAGCCAUAUCUCUUCACCAUAUCUUCCUUUUUUUUUUUAAAUCUAUCAACCUCCUUCCUUUUCCUUUGGAGCAGGUGUUCAGAGCGAGGGAGAAAUGAGGAAGAAUCGACACGCACAUAAACCAACCAAUACCCACCUUAUUUACCCCGUUCAGACUGCCAAUAAGACACUUCCAUCUGUGGCUCAACCAUCAACAUCUCUGCUAAACUGUUUGAAACUGAGAAUUUACAAUACACUAUGAAAGUGAAUAUGUGAUGUAUUGACGGUACGUGUUCAAUGUAUACCCAUAUAACGCACAUAAACGUCAACCUGAAAGAGAUGCUUCUGUUUUACUCCAGCGGAUUUAGUUGUGAAAUAUGUGAAGUGUCCAGCACCUUUCAUAGAGUAUUGUUGGGAUGAAUUUGACGACAGCUGUUCUGUCGGUGUUCUUAAAGGCAGACUGUGACCUCAUCAUACACAGACAGUUGGCCACUUCCUGCUUUCGGAAAUUAACAACAAGAUUGUCCAAUUGAGGCGCAGAUUGGAAAUAGCCAGUAGUGGCGGUCAUCUUGGCAGAUUUGGAUUCUGUUAUUGUUAUGUGUUAGCGGGAAGUCGCCCAGCUUUGUAUGAUGAUCUAUUACGGAGUCUACCUGUAGUGUUAAUUCUUGCGUUUUAAUGUAUCUGGAUGAGAAUGUUGUUCACUGUAAGCCCCACCAGGGGGCACUGUGACCAUCCCAAUAAAGCUCUUGAGUAAUAUCAUUUGGCCAGGUGUGAGUGACAGUGGGCCUUUAGGGGGCAUUUGUGUAAACCCAGACAAUUGUUUAUAGGCUUCAGGCACAAGAUCGCCUUAACCCCAGGCCUAGUAUCAGUUUGUCAUUUUGUGAACUGGUAGAGACGUAACCUCUUCUUGAGGUUUGAAAUCAGGAAUUUCUCUCAAAAUAUAGACUUAAAUAAAUAUAUAACUUAAAUAUAUUGCUGCCAGCAAGUUGUAAAGUACAGUAAAUAUAUUCUGAGAGGAACUAUUGAGUUAAAGUGAUUCCUGAACCCCUACAGUACUAACGUUGGUUGGUUUUCACUUUGGCUUUGGUAUAUAGAAAGAAUGGAGAGAAUCACCAUGGAUCUUUGGACAAUUCAUUGGAAGAUAAAUUCCAUCUUGCCUUGUUAUUUGCACUGAUGUAAGGAGAGUGGGGUGGGGUGGGGUGGGGGGUUUGCCCAGAUCUCACUUUGUACUUUUGCUUUGAGUAGAUCAAAUUCUUGGAUGGGUUAGCCCACACAGGUGACAGGUAGCUUAGCGCUUAAGAGCGUUUGGACCGUAACUGAAAGGUUGCUGAUUCAAAUCCACGAGCCGACCAGGUUUUAACAUAUACUGAUGAGCCCUUGAGCGACGCACUUAAUCCUGAUUGCUCCUGUAUGUCGCUCUGCAUUUGACUAAAAUAACUCCAAUGUAAACACACUUCAGUUUACAGUCACACCCUUGUUUUACCUAGACUGACUGGCUGUUCCUGUAUUAAAAAGAACACAUGAAGGUUUAGACAGGACAGCUUGGCUAAAACAGAGGCUGACUGGCACAAACACAAUAUGGAUUCCCACGCAUGAAGCAAAAUCUACACUACAGAAACAUGUUUACAUCAUGUGAAUGUUACGGUCUGGCCCUGACUCGAAAGGGUCAAGAAGGAAAGAGCUCAUGUUUCAGGGGAACUUCCAUUGAAAGGUUUCUGCACAAGUCAUCUGUUUGUUUAAUAGGCCGCACUGAAGACUUCAGGUAGAAGUAACCGUUAGACACAGAUCUAGGAUCAGCUUCCUCUCCCGAAAUACUAACUUAACCAUUGGAGAGAAUGCUACACUGGCCUUAGAUCAGUGGCUAGGGGUGUGACGUCAUUAUACUGUUGUGUAUUAACUAUUACAUGAAUUGAUUGAUUAAGGGACUUAUCCAUGACACUCGGUGUGUAUGGCUGUGUUUAUACAGGCAGCCCAAUUCUGAUCUCUUAACAAUAAUUGGUAUUUUUACCAAUCGGAUCCGAUAAUUGGACACAAGGUCAGAAUUGGGCUGCCUGUGUAAAUGUAGCCUAUGUGGCCUCAGCUGUGUGUGUGGAUGAUGAAUGCAGCUGAUCAGUCUUCUUGACCUCUGUCUGACUGUCCCCUGUAAUCCUGUCUGAUCAAUAAACAGAGCAGUAGACUCCC